AAACUCAAGUUGGUUCUACCUUUACAGAUAGAGAUCCAUACGAGACGAAACAAGUUCAAUAUCGAUCUUUUUUGGUAAGAUGCCUGUUGAAUUUAAAAGUGUCAAGAGGUCUGUAACGCAGGAGUCUACGAUCGGAAAUGGAGAAUCGUGUUCCGUCGAUAGUGGCAUCGUCAUCACGGGAAUAUCAGGCCGGCUGCCCAAGUCGUCUAAUAUCGAGGAAUUUAAGGAGAAUUUGCUGAAGGAAAUGGAUAUGGUCACUGAUGACGAGCGUUGGUCAACGAACAGCUAUGGGAUACCGGGCAAGUCAGCCAGGAUUAACGACAUCGGCAGCUUUGAUACUUCUUUUUUCGGGGUACACCCCAAGCAAGCACACGUAAUGGACCCACAGCUUCGCAUGUUGUUAGAAGUCAUAUACGAGGCGAUAGUUGAUGCUGGUGUCAAUCCUUCCACCAUAAGAGGAUCGCGUACUGGAGUGUUUAUCGGUGCCGCUUUCACCGAAACGGAGGAUUUAUGGAUUAAAGAUACAAAUAUCACCAACGGAUACGUAAUGCUCGGGGGUACGAGAUCAAUGUUCGCCAACAGAAUCUCCUUCUGUUUCGAUUUUAAUGGACCCAGCUUUACGAUUGACACGGCUUGCUCCUCGUCUUUGUACUGCAUGCAUCAGGCAGUCGCCGCAAUGCGCAACGGCGAGUGCGAUGCUGCGAUCGUCGGUGGAACGAAUCUUAUAUUGACACCCGAGAGAUCGCUACAAUUUUACAGACUGAAUAUGCUCUCCCAGGAUGGCAAGUGCAAAGUGUUCGACGCAUCAGGUGACGGUUACGUGAGGGCCGAGGCGGUAGUGGCAAUAUAUCUGCAAAAAGCGACGGAUGCGCGCAGAAUAUAUGCCACAGUGGUUCACACGAAAACAAACACGGAUGGCUACAAAUCUCAAGGUGUCACAUAUCCCAAUGGUGACAUGCAGAAUCGACUGAUGCGUGAGAUUUACAGUGAGGCAGGAAUUAAUCCUAUAGACGUCAGUUACAUAGAAGCCCAUGGCACCGGUACCAAAGUAGGUGAUCCAGAAGAAAUCAAUUCUAUCGACACACUAUUCUGCAAAGAUAGAAAGACUCCUUUGCUGAUCGGAUCGGUCAAAUCCAACAUGGGGCAUUCGGAACCGGCAAGUGGAUUGUGUUCGAUCGCUAAAGUGCUGAUCGCAAUGGAAGCGGGCGUGAUACCCGCGAAUUUGCACUUUAACACUCCGAAUCCAAACAUUCCUGGGUUAAACGAGGGACGUAUUCGAGUAGUCGACAAGGCCACAUCGUGGAACGGUGGUCUCGUGGGCAUCAACUCGUUCGGAUUCGGCGGCGCAAAUGCACACAUCCUUCUACGCAGCAAUCCAAAACCAAAAUUAUCACCACUAUUAAGCGUUGCUGAACUCUUGCCCAAAUUAGUCGUGGUAUCAGGUCGAACGGAAGAAGCUGUGCAUACCUUACUGGGCAAAGCAAAAGAGCACCGUACAGAUGAAGAGUUUCUUUCACUGUUACACGUAAUACACAAUAACAAUAUUCGCGGUCACAAGAUUCGUGGUUACGAGAUACUCGGCGUAAAUAGUAUGCGUGAAGUGACCCAGGUAGCGAGCUACAACAAGAGACGCCCAAUUUGGUUCAUAUUUUCCGGCAUGGGCGCGCAAUGGCCAGGCAUGGGUCGUCAGUUGUUCGGCAUUGAAACUUUUCAACGCAGUUUGCAGCGAUGCGCUGAUGCAUUGAUGCCCCACGGCAUCGACCUCAUGAAUAUCAUCAUGAAUGCCACGGAUGAAACGUAUGAGAACGUGAUGGAUUCCUUCAUGACUAUUGCAGCUAUACAAGUUGCCCUAGUGGACAUGUUAACGUUGAUAGGCAUACAUCCGGAUGGUGUGAUUGGGCACUCCGUUGGAGAGCUGGGUUGUGCUUAUGCUGACGGCGCAUUUACGCUGGAACAGACCGUUUUGGCAGCUUACUGUAGAGGCAAAGCGAUUGUAGAUUCCAACUUGGAGCCAGGUGCCAUGGCAGCAGUUGGUUUGAGCUGGGAGGAGGCCAAAAAAAUGUGCCCGCCCGAUAUCAUUCCAGCUUGUCACAACGCCGCCAACUCUGUUACUAUUUCCGGUCCGAUUGAUUCUAUGCACAAGUUCGUAGAAAUACUGAAGAACAAAGAUAUCUUCGUCAGGAUGGUAAAAAGUUCCGGCUUCGCCUUCCACAGCAAAUAUAUCGCUUCGGCCGGACCUAAAUUACGCGCUUUACUCGAGAAGAUCAUACCGAGCCCGAAACAGAGAUCAGUCAGAUGGAUCUCUAGCUCUAUACCUGAGGCCACAUGGGGAAGUCCGCUCGCGCAGCUUAGCUCCGCCGCGUAUCAUGUGAACAAUUUUUUGUCUCCUGUACUGUUUCAGGAAGCACUCGCACAUAUCCCGAAGAACGCGAUAACGAUCGAAAUCGCGCCGCAUUGUUUACUACAAGCAAUCUUGCGCAAAUCGUUACCACCAACUGUGACCAAUAUUAGCCUCCACAAGCGAGAACAUUCAGACAAUCUCACUUUUCUACUGUCUAACGUGGGCAAGCUAUACAUGGCCGGUGCACAACCUGACAUUUCUAAAUUGUAUCCGUCGGUGAGUUUUCCCGUCGGUCGCGGAACACCGAUGAUCGGGUCACUUGUCAGGUGGGAUCAUUCCGCCGCGUGGGAUGUGGUUGAUUUCCGACAAAUAUCAGAACGUUCGGAAGAAUGUAACAUCCAAAUAGAUCUGUCGAAAGAAACGGACGCGUAUCUAUCUGGGCACCAGAUAGACGGACGAAUUCUUUUUCCAGCCGCUGCUUAUAUGCUGCUGGUAUGGAAAACUUUGGCAAAAUUGCGUGGCGUUGACUUUGAACGGUUACCUGUAGUGUUCGAGAACGUGCAGUUGCAGCGGGCGACCAUUAUGCCAAAGGAAGGAACGGUGAAAUUCUCGAUAACCAUACUCAAGGGAACUGGAGAUUUUGAGAUCUGCGAAACCGGUACGAUCGUCGUCAGCGGAAAUAUUCACAUCUCCGAGAAUAUCGAGAAUGAUCAGCUGAAACUGCCGCCACCGCAAACACCUGCUACCACUAAAGAGAUUUUGCCGUUGAGUACCAAAGACAUUUACAAAGAACUGAGGUUGCGCGGAUACGAGUAUCGCGAUAUCUUUCAAGGAAUUAAAUCCUGCGAUAACUACGGCGUUGCCGGCAAACUUUACUGGUUUAAUCAAUGGGUUUCGUACAUAGACAGUAUGCUUCAGUUAACUAUAGUUUCCACCAGCCAUAAACUAAUGUAUUUACCGUCGCGCAUUCGGUAUGCCGCAAUCGAUCCUAUUCUUCAUAAACAACUGGUGGAACAAUUACCAGAGAACGGUGUAUUGCCAGUGUAUCACUACAAGAACAUCGAUAUCGUUAAAUCGGGUGGUAUCGAAUUCAGAGGAUUGAAAUCGUCCUUGGCGCCUCGACGACAGCGCACUCAAGCCGAUCCUAAAUACGAGCAAUACACUUUCAUGCCCUAUGAACAUUCGCAUAGUCUAGUAGAGGAUGCAACGAGAGGAAGAGUACACGCACUCACUGUUCUAUUGCAGAUCAUGUAUGAAAACGUAAUGUCAUUGAGAUUAAAGACCGUGGAACUUGCAGGCCAACGGACUGCAGAAGCUCUUCUGGCGCCACUUAUUAGCGAAAUUUUCAAUAACGAACAAGACUCAUUUAUCAUGGACUUAGAAAUCAUUGCAGUCUCUGCUGAUAAUUACACGGCAAACUUGAAUAAAAUGAACGCUGACGUCGUAACGCAAGAUGUGAAUAAGGCACCUCUCAUUCACGAAGCAGACCUUGUUAUAGCAGCGGACGUUUUGUCUAAUCAAUCUUAUACCGUUCUCAAAAAUUUGGUGGCUGCCUUAAAACCUGGAUGUUUUAUUCUUCUGGAAGAAACCGCUGCUCAACUGGAUAUGAAAACUGCAUUAAAAAAUACUGAUUUAACAUUGGUUGGCAGACAAACCGAUCCUGUAGGAAAGACUUACUUGUUGUUGAAGAAACAACAAAAACGGAGAGAAGCGAUAGUUAUUCAAAUCACCGAGAAAAAUCUGUCGUGGCUGGAAGGUGUAAAAGCAGCACUGAAGGAAUCUGUCAGCAAAGAUCAAGAAGUGCUCCUUGUAUCACAGGGCGAAGAAACGCUUGGCUUAGUCGGGCUAGUGACUUGCAUACGACGUGAGAUAGGCGACGCAUAUGCGCGUUAUGUCUUUAUCCAGGACAAGAAUGCUCCCAAGUUCGGUUUAACCGUGCGGUUUUACGUUGAGCAGUUGGAUAAAGGACUCUUGGCAAAUGUCUUGAAAGGUGGGCAAUGGGGCAGUUAUCGACACUUGCCAUUGGAUCAACAGAGCAACGUGCCUUCUCUGCAGGUGGAGCACGCCUAUGUAAACACAUUGACAAGAGGAGACCUCAGUAGCUUGAGAUGGAUCGAAAGCUCGUUAAGCUACUAUCGUCCCGACAAUUUUCCGAAUAAUAAACUUUGCUGCGUAUAUUAUGCUCCACUGAACUUCAGGGAUAUCAUGUUGGCGAGUGGCAAAUUACCACCGGAUGCUCUGCCAAGGAAUUUGGCCACGGAAGAAUGUAUACUGGGACUGGAGUUUUCCGGAAGAGACACGGACGGUCGUCGCGUAAUGGGCAUUGUCGAAGCUAAGGGAUUGGCUACCACAGUAGUCGCGGAUCUUGAUUUCCUGUGGGAGGUACCAGACAGGUGGACAUUGGAACAAGCAGCAACGAUACCUGUCGCUUACGCAACUAGUUACUAUGCUCUGUUUAUACGGGGUCGAUUAAAAGCCGGCGAGAGCGUGUUAAUUCACGCUGGUACAGGCGGCGUCGGUCAAGCAGCGAUCGCCAUUGCGCUGCACGCUGGUUGUACUGUCUUCACCACCGUUGGUACGCCGGAAAAGAGAAAAUAUAUCAAGGAACUCUUCCCCCAGUUGAACGACAGGCACAUCGGUAAUUCCCGAGACACCAGUUUCGAACAACUGAUACGUGUCGAGACUGAAGGACGUGGUGUCGACGUUGUGCUGAAUUCACUAGCAGAGGAGAAACUGCACGCUGGCAUCCGGUGCCUGGCGUUCGGUGGUCGCUUCCUUGAGAUCGGCAAAUAUGAUUUGUCCAACGACAGCCGCAUAGGAAUGUCAAUGUUUUUGAAGAACACCUCUUUCCAUGGUAUACUGUUGGAUGCGCUAUUCGGAGAAGACAACGCGGAAAAGAAAGAAUUAAUAAAUCUCGUUUCGGAGGGAAUAAAAAAUGGCGCGAUACGUCCGCUCCAAUCGACCGUGUUUUCGGAGCAACAGCUCGAGCAGGCAUUCAGAUUCAUGGCGACUGGCAAGCACAUCGGCAAAGUGCUGCUGAAGCUCCGUGAUGAAGAACCAAAGAAACGUGUAUUGCCAGCGCUGAAGACAGUAUCCGCUAUCCCACGUACUUACUUAAAUCCGGAAAAAUCGUACGUCUUGGUCGGCGGUCUCGGUGGAUUCGGUUUAGAAUUAGCCAAUUGGAUGAUCGCCCGCGGCGCCAAAUUUAUCAUUCUCGUAUCGCGCUCAGGUAUUCGCACCGGUUACCAGGCAUUGUGUGUGCGUCGCUGGCGCGAGAGCGGCGUAAAAGUCGUAAUCUCUACGUCGGAUGCUACGACGUUAUCGGGUGCCGAGCACUUAAUCCAAGAAUGUAACCGGCUGGGUCCAGUAGGAGGUAUAUUCAAUCUGGCAGCUGUACUACGCGAUGCGCUGAUCGAAAAUCUGGAGGAGGCCGAUUUUAAAACGGUCAUUUUGCCGAAAGUCGAUGUAACAAGAAAUUUAGAUAGGGUAUCAAGGAAGCUCUGUCCAUCGUUAGAUUACUUUGUGGUGUUCUCGUCCAUAUCGUGCGGUCGCGGUAAUAUAGGUCAAACCAACUACGGUUUCGCGAACUCGACCAUGGAGAGACUGAUGGAAGAGAGGCAGGCAAAUGGUUUACCCGGUCUCGCCAUCCAGUGGGGUGCCAUCAAUGAUGUUGGCAUACUAAUCGAAACGAUGGGAGACGACACUGUGGUGUGCGGUACUGUACCACAGGACAUAUCAAGUUGUCUCAUGACGAUGGAUAUAUUCCUUCAACAACUGCAUCCAGUGCUAUCUUCGUCGGUGUUAGCCAAAAAGCAUAAAUCCGACGAGGGCAACAAAACUGGUUUAAUCGCAGCUGUUGCCAAUAUUCUAGGCGUUAAAGAUGUUAAUUCGAUUAAUCCCAACGAUAAUUUGGCCGACUUGGGUAUGGACUCGCUGAUGGGUACAGAAAUCAAACAGACUCUCGAGAGGAACUAUAACAUCCUGCUGUUGGUCCAAGAUAUUCGUGUCUUAACUUUUGCCAAACUGCAAGAAUUAUCUUCGACAAGUGGUGAGAUAAGAAAAGAGCAGCAACCUCUUUCUGUGGACGCGUCCACUACUGUAGACACAAAUGUAUCGCCCGACAUGUUACUGAUGCAGUGGCCUAGCAACGAGGUACUGCCUAAAGAAGUGCUCGUUCGCUUGAAAACAAAGAAUUCCAACGGACCGCCGUUGUUCAUCGUCCAUGGUAUCGAAGGUCUCGUUAAAUCGCUAGAAUAUGUGGCCAGUGAACUCGAGAGGCCGUUAUGGGGUCUGCAGAGUAUUGAGCAGGCGCCUCAUGAAACGCUGUCGGAAUUGGCAGAAUUCUAUGUCAAUACCAUUCGAAAAAUUCAGAAAAAAGGACCAUACCAUUUGGCAGGAUACUCGUUUGGAACUAGCGUUGCUAUCGAAAUGACUCUGCAAUUGGAAUCUGCUGGAGAAAAGGUUGUUCUGACUCUAAUUGAUGGUUCACUGGCAUUUGUGCAACAGCAUAGUAAAAGGAUCGGCAAACUGGAUAACUUGGAAGAGGAUAUUAUUUCCAACAUCUGUAUGAAAGCACUGGCAUAUUUCAGCAUACAAUUUAACAAUACCAUCAGUUUCAUACACGCGUAUAAUAUCUUGAAACAGAGUAAAUCAGAUGUGGAGAUGUUUAACAAGAUGAUAGAAGUGAUAGGCGACACGCCAUUUGCACAGGAUGAUCUAAAGAUCGCUGGAUAUCUUUUAUUCAAAAAAGUAGCAGCUGCUCUAAACUAUAAUCCUACUAAAAAGAUCAAAGGAUCGGUCACAUUGAUUAAAGCUACAGAGACCUUUGUAUCUUUAGAAAAAGAUUACGAUUUAUCAAGUAUUUGCACAGAACCCGUAAGAGUAGAAGAGGUGACCGGUAAUCAUAGGACGAUAUUGCUGGGAGAAAGUGCAAAGAAAAUCUCAAGUCUCUUGCAAGUGUAGAAUUUAAGAGCAUUCGUGUUACAAGUUCUAUUAUAUUUGAGAAUGAUUAUGUAGCACAAUAUACCGUAAUAUUGCAAAUAUGAUAUACUAUGAUACCGUUGCGAUAUAACUGAAAAAUUCUAUGCUGUAUUGACGUGAUUUUAUAUAUAUAUAUAUAUAUAUAUAUAUAUAUAA